ACUUGUCAUUCAAGAGGAGGGCGUGGUCGGUAGUCUGGGUAAACAAAUCUGCCACACUUGAAACUGUUGGCCCUCUACAAGUCUACAAAAAUUGCAUGAAAGGGCCAAAGUGCACGAGGCCCGUCAGAGCUUUAAAAGCUAAAAUGCUGUGAACUCGCAAGGUUGCUAGGGUGCGUGCCUACUGAACAUGGUGCGUGUGAUUUCGGUGCACCAUUUCGUGAGCCAGGAGAUCCAGCCUGUGGAUGAGCCUUUGGCCGUGGCCUCGGCGACUCCUGACAAGCUGCUCAUAGCCCUGCCCAUCCAUGCCGUGGAGGUACGAGACCUGCGGAGGGGUGCCCUUCCAACACACUGCUUUCCGACGGUGGACGAAGUUCGCUUUCUCACGCACUGCAUACAAGGGAAUUUUGUGGCCACCUUAGAAAGCAAGAAAAGCCGACAGGGCAACGAAGCGAUCCACGCAAGGAUUUACGUCAAUUGGGAUGUGCCAAGCAAAUUGGAAGGAAUGAGAGCCCGUAUUGCUGGACGAGUUACACCAAGCAGCAGUCAGUCUGGCGUGGCCAGUUUGGAAAUGAUUGAAUUACCCGUCAAAAGGACUCCGAACAAUCUGGCCUGUUGCCAAGUGACAGGAAAUGUGAUCAUCAGCUGUCACAUGACACUCACUGUGUUUAAAUUCAACAUCGAGACCCAUGACAUUUCCAAGCUUAAGUUUAUUGACUUCAUAGAACACUUUAGUUUGGAUUUAAAUUUUUGCCCCAACCUAAUAUGUCUGAACGAGGAUGUGAUAUCCUGCAGCUCCAAGGAGAACUUGCUAGUGAUCAGAGUAGUGAUUUCGGACCCAGCCAGAACUGAUGAAAAGAAAACUAAGUCUAGAGGAAAAAGUUCUGAAAAUAUUUCUAAGAAGCCGGAAGUUAAAAGAGAAAGAUCACCAGUACGACUCUCCGAGCUACUUGCUGAAGCGCCUUCACUGAAAGAAAAACUGCAUCCUGACUCAUUCCCUGUGUUAGUGCAGCUACCUUCAAUUUCUGAGGGGAACAAGAAUCUUUCAGCCAAUCAGCUAAUUAACUUAACUAACAAAGGUGGACCAUUUCGAGAUGCCACAUCAGAUCUGAACGCCAAAAUCUCAUUCAUCUCAAAUAAAGAUCUGAACGCCCAAAUUGUUAAAAUCAUGAGUUUGCAACUGCACACAUGCAACCAGGCCAUGAAAGACGAAUUCAAGUGUUUGCAAGUUUUACCAAUGUAUACUGAUCCCGAUAAAAAGAACAAAGAAAUUUCUCACCAUUCCUCGUUUUGCUCGAACUAUGCGAGUGAGUUGGUCAGUCUGGGCAUUGCAGUCACGACCCAGCAGGAGGGAUACAUUUACCACGUUAACUACAGAGCUCUUAUUUCUGGCUCACAAGAGGAUAUCAUUUCCGGCCCAACUAUUUACUCUUUCACAGCUCCCAUCUCAUGCCUUGCACUAGAGAGGUCCAUUCUUCACGCUUUAACCGACACCGGACUCGAAUCUUACACUGGAAGAGCCGGCCAUUAUUUUUUGAGGACCUUAGGCUUGGACAACCCAGAUGAAUUUAGUGCAAGCUACCCGUCAAUGGACGACCCUGUUUGCUUAGUUGGCUUGCGCCCUUUCUUCAGCGUCGAACACAUUUUACUCACAGAGAAUUACCUCUGCUUGCUUGCCUGCUCUGAUCCAUCAAGCACAUCUAGUCAAGACUCUCAGAGUGGUUCGAAUUGGACCCUCUACUCAUUAAAGUUGCCCAGUUGUGCAGAUCUUUACCAAGACAUGGUCCAAUUAGCAAACAUUCAUAAAGGCAGCGCCCCCACCACUUAUCUCCACCUGUUGUCGGAGGCCCACGCUGUUCUCGGCACGGCCAGGCAGUGCAUGAAUUGGAGGCUAGACCACGUUUCCCAAGGAAAUGUUGUGGUUGCGGUGCCAGGAUGGGAGGCCAGUCCUGAGGCCAAUCGAAGGCUUGAGCGCUGCUACCAAGAGUCAUGCGCACUUCUUGGUGACUAUUAUAUCAAUGGUGACGACGAAAGUCACUGGAAAUUGGCAAAACCCUUCUAUGACAUGAGUGGUAUGAAAGCUGAGCACGUAUUGGACAGGUUUAUCAGAAUGGAGGACACUUUAGGAGAAAUUCCAAUGUUUGACGAAGAGCCCAAGGAACGCAGUUACAAGGGGUUGAUGUUCUAUCUGAAAGGCGAACUGCCUAGAAACAAAAAGUCUGCUGAAGAAGAGUCCAUAAAUGUUGAAUUUGCAUCUCACUUGUUGGAAUUGUUUGAGAAACAUGACCCUGCGUCCAUUUCCGCCCUAAUCCUGAGCUCGGUCACCUUACGUCAGCACUGUAUUGACAGGGUGCUGCAGGUCAUGAAGAAGCGCCUCCUGGUGAAAGGUGCCAGCAGCAGUUUGUCCUCCCAAGAGAGCCUGAACACUUGCACCGGUGGAGACCCUUUUGACGCUCUGGCUCUGGUGCUACUGUGCCUUCAGAAAGGGUCUGUCGACCAGGCCAGGACGGUUCUUUCAUCGUUAGUUGACCCUAUGGAGUUAGUCAAGGCCUUGCAAGAAUAUCACGGUUUGCUCUUCACCGCCGUUGAAGUUAAGCAGAAGGAAGUGGCGUUGGCCUUCACUGAACUGGCCUUACUGAUUGCCGAGAUUUUGCCGGAGUCCUUGGCGUCGGUACUUACAAACUUGACCCUGAACCCAAGUUUGGCCCAUCAACUCCCUUGCGUGCCGACCUUGAUUGGACUGACGAGAGCCUUUUUGAUGACACCCUGUGGAUUUUCCUCGCCAGGUGCCCCGUCCUCGAACGCAACGAAAGUCCUGAGGGAUUAUUUGGAGUCUUUUCUAUCAAAGCUCCCUAAUAAUUAUUCUUUGGCUGAAGUAGCUGAGGGCACUUGUAUAUUGACAAGGUCAUAUCUAGCCUGCCUGGUGGACAAGAACUUUUUCAAAUCAUUUGACCCCACCGCUGAUUAUGAAGAGCCCUUCGGGAAAAGAUACAAUUAUCUCUCUUCACUUCCUCCGUUCCAUGUGGACAAGUCUUGGUAUGCUUCUCAGAAGGUGCCUGUCCCUCUAGAACUAGAAGAAAAACGGCUUGCAUAUGAAAUGCUCAUCAAGCUACAGUCCCUGCUUUGUUCGCCCAAACUGGGUCAGCAUAGCUGCUUUGAAGUUCUCCAGUUUUUGCAAUCACACCCCCAUGUGUCUGGGGCGUUAGCCCUAAAAACUAUUUGUGUAUCCCCGAAAGAAACAAUCAAUUUGCUGGUAGAGCACAAUCCAAAUUGCCUUCUAGCUUUUGCAAAGGAAAAGUUUACGAAUGAAAAUGAAUGGAAGUAUUUUAUCGGGUCUCUGCACAAGAAAACGGAACAACUGCACAAUGACUCACCCGUCCAAUUCCUGUACUCAAAAAUAUUCACAGAUACCCUGAAUCACUUGGUGCACAUCCUUUCGUUGGAAGAAUUCGUUCGGAUUUUGCCUGGUGGAGAGAUGGCAUGCGAGAGCCCCGUUUUCAAGCCAUAUGUCAAAGCUUGUGAGAAUGUGCAAAGUGCAAACUACCUGAGGUCCCUGAUUAUGGAAACAGGCGAGGCACUUCUCAACACCCUCGAUUUCAACUAGUCGCAUUAUUCGCAAUCAUCCUUUAAUUCUCAUUAUUGUUAAUUGUUACCUUCUUGAGCACAGUUAUUUAAUGUUUCAUUAUAUAUCAAUCACUCUGUUUAGAGAUAAACAGUAGAGUGCUUGUGCAGUUUUUGAAAUGUUUGUAACUAAAUUAUUUAAUUCAACUGGUUGAAACGUUGGUAAUAAUUAUGUUGAAGCUUAAAGCAUUAAAGGCUGUGUUUUAUU